GUGAUAAUCGGUCAACCAGAGGACCGGAGGGAGGCAGAAGGGCACAGGGCAGCAUGUUUACAGCUCCGUGCACUCAUAAGUAGCUGCUCUAAACGACUCACUCGCUUUAUUCGAUUUGUCGCAGACCUCACGCUGGUUUCGGGGCGGUCGUCGACAAUGUUUCUGUGCCGCACGGGGAGGCUUUCUGCAGCGGCUCUGGAUCAGGCUUUCAAGUCAACGGGUUCGUUUCUAGUGCGAGUCAAAAGACUGAGGGACGUCACUGUGACAUUACGCAAGGGGAACACGUUUCAGCGAUACCGGUGUUUCUGUGUGUCCGUCGGAGGCGUCGACACAACUCUUGCGCACCUGGGGAAACCACAACAACAACCGGACACGCAGCCCGCCCAGACUCGGGACUCGUCGUGUGCUUUACACUGGGAACACUUGGACCGAGUGGCUACUGUAGCCGUGAAUCUCUCCAAGCGCGUGCAAAGUGAAGGCGGUUAUGUAGAUGUUAUCACACAGCCGCUCGAGCACACUAACAGGCGCCACGGAGGAGAGCCCGUGGAUAAUGGUUUGUUUACAGGUAACUGGCGGGUUUCCAGUCCACUCUGCUCCACGGCGACUAUGCAGACCAGAGGCUUAUCCACGAAGAAGAGCAGCGAGGAGCAGACAGCUGACAACAAAGGGGAUGAGCUGAAUGUAAAGGAGGCCUCUGCUACCUACUCAUCUACAACGAAGGCCCCAGGGGAGCCGGAGCCAGAGGAAGGAAAACCAAACAAGACCCAGCAGCUAAAAAAAGUCUUCAAGGAGUAUGGAGCGGUGGGAGUCUUCUUUCACAUUGGGAUCUCCCUCAUGUCCCUGGGAAUGUUCUACCUCCUUAUAUCCAGUGGGAUCGAUAUGGCAGCCGUGCUGUGCAAAGUGGGCUUCAGCGAGGCGGUCGUUCGGUCUAAAAUGGCAGCGGGGACAAGCACGUUCGUCUUGGCCUACGCCAUCCACAAGCUCUUUGCCCCAGUUCGCAUCAGCAUCACUUUGGUGUCCGUGCCUCUCAUCGUGCGCUACUUCAGAAAGACUGGUCUCUUUAAACCGCCCACACCUGCACCCUGAUGACCCUCCUCUGCUCCUCUGCUGCCUCGCCAAGCAACAAACAUCCUGACUGUUAAUGGCCAUAAUUAAAACUCCUGUACAUAUCCUUACUCACUCGCCUUCACGUAGAAAAGCCUCAUCCUUUCUCAGUUGUCAUUGUGAAUUCAGGUGAAACAUUUCCUUCAUUAGUUCCAGCUGAAGUAGAAUCGAAGUGUUUGGUUGUGUGACUGUAGGAUUAAAACGUCUCAAGUGCAACAGCUCUGUAUGUGGAGUCUUAAUGUAUGUGCAUUUCAAACACCAGAAACAAAAGGCAAAAAAAGCUCAAGUAUUUAUUUACAAUCAGAGGUAAGAUCAGGGAUUUUAAGCUCUUUCAGUGGGCGGGUUCGUAUCUUAAUGCUGUGAAGGUUCCCCGUGGGGACAAGUGGAAAAAGCUGAUCUCUCCUCCACUGUUCCCUGUUAGCUGACUAGGCCAUGUUCUGGUGUUAUGUGAAUCAGCAGAAUAAUUCAGGUUCUCUGUCUCCUACCUCGCUCCUCUCCCUCCCCUUAGCCUCUGUCUCCCCUACAUUGCUUUUAUUUUCUGCUGUUGUUUUGCUUCCCUGCUAUUUUUCUCCUCAACACCUCUCCUGGCAUCCAUUUUCUCCCCCUCAUAUCCCUUUGCUCUUCUUCUCCUCCCUCUUUUCCCCCUUCUAUCGUCUCUCCCUGUGGUUCUUUAAUAUUGCAAAUGCCACUGCCCAAGCUGUAAUGUCGAGUACAUUAAUCUGAGUGAAGCUGAUCGUGGUUCAUUGCAAGCUCUGGAUGACAAAUGUUGGUUUGUGAGGGUUUGUUGUUCUUUCAGAUUGAAUGGACUGUAUUUAACUAUUAAAAGAGAAGCUCUCUUUUA